AUGGGUAAGGAGUUACCUGCUUACUCCAUACGAAUAGCCAACACACCCGAGGAUAUACAGAGAUGUAUGCAGAUAAGGAAAGAUGUAUUCAUUGACGAGCAGGGAUACGAUAUCAGAGUAGAAACCAACGACGAUGAUCAUCGAAGUGCACAUUUCCUGCUGGUCUUACUUAAGACGGAUGAAGCUGUAGGAACGAUAAGAUUGAUCAAUGAGAACAAUCAGUUAGGAAGAUUCGCAAUACUGAAACAGUAUCGAGGACAAGGUCUAGGUGUACCUCUGAUACAGGCUUUACAUGAUCAUGUGAGGGAGAAAGGUGGUAAAGAAGUAUGGUGUCAGAGUCAAGCCGCAGAUCCAACGCAAGGCGGAGUGGAUGCUACGGGGUUCUACAAGAGAUUAGGUUAUGUAAAUAAAGGUGAGAAAUAUAUAAAAGAAGGAACUGUCCAUCAAGAUAUGGUGUACUUUAUACCUCAUUAG